CGUGAUUCCAAAUUGCAAUACGAAACUGGCUACUAGCAUCGAAUCUCAAUGCGUUUGGGUUUUUCUGGCAGGUGCCUAGAUCUGAUUACACUGUUUCUGAGAUAUUGCAAGCUCCCACAGACGGUCGCGGCCUUCCUAUGCCAAAGGGGGAUCUAUCAGCGAAAGGACGAGGAGAGAAAUACGACGGGUCCCAGUAGCACACACAAUCUGGUUCAACUGAAGACAUCAGUCAUUCCUCUGCCAUGCAACAUCCGGCCACACGCUGCCCUUUGAUAAGUCUCAGUCAAUAUCGCCCAGUGUCAGAUGCAAAGGCGCCAAGACGCCAAUCAGUCUUGGAAGGGUUGUUGUCGGGGAAUCGGACGACGCGGUUGAUCAAUAUUGUUUAAAGUCAGACAAUUCCAGCUCCCCGAGACCCUCGAACUUCGCGAGCCAGUCAGGUAUCCUAUCUUUCCUGAUCAUCCCACCUUCGCUAAAUACUGCCUCAGAUGCAUGUGCAAAAAGCAAACUGCUGAUGCGAGGAACGCCCAAGGCCAGUCACCGGGCUCGCCGGCAAAAGCCACGGCAAAAGCAUGGUUGAAUCACAAUCGGGCUUGCGGCCGCCCUGCGCUGGGAUCCUGGCGGAGAUGACCUCUUUUUAGGCGCCGUACAUGCGUCUGUCUAUCAUAAUCUGAGCCAU